AUGAUAUAUGAACACAAUUACCGCCCUUUGACCAAAAGCGCCAUUUGCACUGGAGGUAACUGCAAGGCAGACCGAUUUCACAGACUGACAUCUACCUUUACAUCUCUGUGGAGGAGAGAUAUUGACCUAUGCAAAAACUAUCACAAUAUCGCGACUGGCGUAAUAUAUUCGGACUACACUGGAGAGUUAAAUGCUGUGUGUGAGGCAGCCAAGAAGUUCAGAUUGUUGCUACAAAUUAUGUGCAUGGCUUUGAAUGGAUUGACAUGGAAAAAAGCGAAGAGAGCUAGAAGAAGGAAACUGAAAAACAAGAAUUCUGGUUGUAUGGUAAAGCAAAUGUAGCAGGUGGAGCAUGUCAGAACAAAUGGGCUGAAUCAUAAGGUUCCAGGGUCAGUAUUUGUUUGUUAUACAGGAAUAGAAACAAUAUCUUUUUUUUUGUUACAGGCUUGCAUUACCAAGCAGUUACAUUGGCUUUAAAUCACUUACUUCUCACCUUCGUGGAUUUGAAAACUUGCUUAGGAUUUGGGUCUUUUUUAUCAUAUGAGAAGGCAUUCCAGCUGGCUUACAGAAGGUAAGUGGUUCUCUCCAGAUGCCUGUCAGUGCUUGAAGUAACUUUCUGAAAGGCACCCUGGGUCCUCCUAGACCACAGGAAGCUGGAAAGUAGCCAUAUGUCCCAGAGUUGUCUACGUUUGUAUUAAGACUCACUCUUUCUCUCACAAUAAAGGAAUAUUUUACUUGAAGUACAGUCAAACCUGUAUCAAGCAGAUUCCCAAAGGAGUGGUACAGUGUGGCUGCUCAAGGCAGGUGGUACAGUGUGGCUGCUCAAGGCAGGUGGUACAGUGUGGCUGCUCAAGGCAGGUGACUGAGUAAGGCAGGUUGUAAUAAGAGCAAAAUACCAAUUUGGAAAGUAAGACUGGCUGCUUAUGGGAAGAGACCUAGAAGAAGAAACACAAAAGAAUGCUAUGGGCAAUUCAGUUUAAUAUUUUUAUCCCCCCCCCCCCCCCCCCCAUUUUUAAAUCGCACUGUCCAAGAAAUAACUUGGCAUAAAUGUUCACCAUAAUGAGACGACUUGUCAUGCGCAAGACCCAGAUCACUAGC